ACUUCGUGUAGCGUUGACAAGCUUGUGUUUAAAGACCUCCUACGCCCGUGCCUCUUUUUUAUCACCAAAUAUCCAGUAACUUUUAUCUCUCCGUAAUUCUCAGAAGACAAAAAUCUCCAUCACAAACUGCAAAAUUACCGAAGUUUAAAUUGUCAAACAAGAAAAAUACUAAAUUAUCAAAAUUUAAACUAAAAAUAGAAAAACUCAGAUAAUCUCGAAAACCACAACAUUGGUCAUGCUGUGUUUACAACUCUCAAUUGACUAAGACACCGAGAACAAAUUCGAUUUUUUUCCCACUUUGGAUCAGAUCGAGGGAAAUAUCACGCCGUACUAGUAGGAAAAAAUGACUUCUUGACCCCGAGUUAUAGCCAGUGUGAAGAAGGACUCACGAGUGUACAGAAACAACUACAACAAAGACAAACUAAAUAUCUUGGAACGAAUAAACAGCCUCUAGGUUCUGCUGUGGAGUGCUUGCAGGCUGUGUUCUUCAUCUGCUUUAAAACUAAAACCAAGCAGAAAUCUUCCCUCAUUCUGCUGUGACAAAAAAAAGCAGACACACACCUCCUAGCUCUGACAAUCAAACAAACAUAAUGAUUUCUUAAAGACUCGUGCUUGGGAUAAAGUGACUUGAACACAUUACAGAGGCAAAGAUUCAAAGUUUCUUAGUGAAGUCCCUUUUAACUUGACGAGAAAAUACACUUACUAUCAGUUUGUUUUGGGAGGAACGUUUCAGCAAUCUCCUCCCUCCCCAACCACCAAGCCCAGAGUGAUGGAGGAGCGAGGGAGAAGUUCAGCGGGAAGGAGGGAGUCAGCGUCCUCAGCGUGGGUGAUGGUGGUGGUAAUGAUUUCGAGUGCGUUGUGCAUGAGCGUCUCUCUAGCGGCCGCCACGCAACCCAAUGGCCACCACACACUCUUCGUCACCCUCCCGACCCCUGUGGAGGCGGUGCCCACCUUCCACACUGUCUACGACCUGCAGGAGGACCAGGAGAUGACUACAGACAACCCUAUCACCUCUCCUGUGUCUCGGGAAGGUCACGGCGCAGCCAGAUCUGCCCUCCUCCGCCUCCCACCUAAGGAAACCAAGAUGGUGUUCUUAGCGGACGACUUCGAAGCUGCUUCACUCAUCCCAGAUCUGAUGACGAGUGUUUCGGAACGUUCUGGCGGAUUAGAUGAUCAAGCUCUCUUCCCCAACACCCGCUCACGACCCAAGAAUACUGCCGCCACCACCACUACUGCCACCGAUCACGACCUCCGCGGCCCUCUCGACACCACAGGCAGAAGCGGAGGUGUCUUGGAGGAGUACCUUGACCGUUCUCGUGGUUCAGAAAGUCGAAACGAUAUACAGACGGAUUUAGAGGUUGGGUCACGUCACAACCCUGGACUCUAUCGACCAAGUCCCUAUGGACUCCUGCCGCCCCGUCAACCGCCCCGGCCCCGCCCCGCUCACUUCUUGCCCCCCGGAGCUUCCAUCAUCGACAAGGAGGACCCCUUCUUCAGCUUGUACUCAACACGUCCUGGUGUACUCAAGCGACCUCAUCACAACAUGACCAGAGUUCUUAAUAUCGAGGCUGAAUGUCAAGAUGACUUCAUGAGAAUACACGUCCAGUUUAAUGGCUCCUUCAGCGGCCUCAUCUACUCCUCAGGCUACGCGUACGACGGGGAUUGUAUCUAUGUGAAUGGGUCGGGACGCCAUUCCUACGACUUCUUUAUCCAGUUGAAUCGAUGUGGUACUCUAAGUGGCAACGAGAAGGGCAGAGAGGACAUCAGAGGACGUACCCCUUCCAAGAACAUGAUGUGGAAUACCCUGACGGUGCAGUAUAACCCGCUCAUCGAGGAGGUGUGGGACGAGCACUUUAAGGUCACCUGUGAAUAUGGCUACGACUUCUGGAAGACUGUGACCUUUCCUUUCCUGGAUGUGGAGGUACAGACGGGGAAUCCUGUCGUCUUCACCCUGACCCCACCCGAGUGCCACAUGGAGAUCCGCUACGGCAUUGGCACCACAGGCAGCAGAGUGACGGGUCCAGUACGUGUUGGCGACCCCCUCACACUCGUUAUCUACAUGCGCUCUGAGUUUGAGGGCUUUGAUAUCGUGGUGAGUGACUGCUACGCUCAUAACGGAGGCAACAAACGGAUCGCUCUUAUUGACCACUACGGGUGCCCUCUGGAUGAGUCCUUGAUCAGCCACUUCGAGGGAGCGCGUACAGCCGAGGGGGUGUAUGAGACUCAGGUGUACGCGUUCAUGAAGACAUUCCGGUUCACUGGCUCCCCGGCGCUGUAUAUUGAGUGUGAUGUGAGGAUGUGUCAUGGUGACUGUCCGACUCAGCCUUGCCACUGGAGGAGCACCAAGAAACAGCGUCGGUCGGUGGAGAAGGAGGACCUCGGGGGUGCACAUACCAACGUGUCUGAGAGUCUAAGCCUCUUCCAGUCGAUACAGGUAGUGCGUGAUGACCAGCUCCUGCGACCAGCCCUUAGAGACACUGAUAAUGAGAACGUUUGCCUCAAGAAUGGAACGUUUUCAGCACUGGCAGGUAUGGUGGCUGUGGUGGUGGGCAUCUUAACAGCAGCAUGCGGCGUCCUGUGUAUCAGACUCCGCAGGGCACAGAAACAGGAGGAGGCCCCAGCAGCACCCACAACGCCCUUCGUCAGCGCACACUACAGAUCUGACUUCGUCCCGCCCACCAAGAGGAGACUGGAAUGAAGAAACUUCCCUAAUAGUCGUCAGUGUAGAACAACCACCACCCCAGAUCUCACCCCCCCCCCUCAGUGACACCAUUCUGGAACAUAAAUUAUUCGUCUUAGAUUUACUCCUACACGAAGCUUCCAGGUAUAAGGAUGAGAGAGGAAGGUCCUUCUUCAAGUCAGGUGGUGAAAAUUUCAGCUAUUAUCCACAACAGGGAGGCCAAGGUGUAAUCGUCAUUGUGGCAAGAUUUCUCUCCCCGCUCCUGAGAGAAUCAACAAAUUCUAUCAUAAUAUAACUUAAACGCUCACGGGGGCAAACAAUGAAGGUGGGAGCUGGAAGUUAACAACCAUAGCUGAUUUUGUACUACUUUACCCUAAUACAAAGAUAAACUUAAUGAUAAGCAGCAUUACUAGACAUAAUUUAUAUCACUAUGGUAGACAAUAUCCAGCUCAUGUUAUCAAAGACAUUGGUUAGGUUACAAAAGACAACAAUUAUUGCACAGAAUGUUUGUAUAGAGCCAAUUUCCCCCCUUUUAGAAACACUGAUUAAUAAAUUAUUGAAUGAAGAAGUUUUUAAUACAUUGGUUUGUUUAUGUUAGACGCCCGGGACCAAAUGAUUCUAAGUGUUUUAUAAAGUAUUUACUAUUUUCGUUGUUCAUUGGUAAAAUAAGACUCCUAAUAAUACUCUCAUGGUAACAACAGUUAUUUAACAUACAACUUCACAUGGUUCUGCGGUUCAUCCCUACAAAAAUUUACGUAACAUUAAGUUGAAUAAUACAAACCGUCUUGCCUCAGAAAUAAUGAACGCAUAAAAAAAAUGAAAACUAAAAUACCAAACAGUACAAAAUCUCACGUUUCUGAAUGACAAUCCGGAAAAUAGGGAGUAAAAUUUCUGUUGGUCAGGAGCAGCCCAGGAUAGCGGAGUGGUGACCAAUAGAAUACCGAUUUAAACUCGAAAUUAGACAAUCUUUAGUAUUAAUUGGACGAUAGAUGCGUCAUGGAUACAGUCUCUCCAGCGUCCCUGUUGUUGGGUUAUGUGCACUAGGGUUGUGUUAGGGCAUUCUACAAGGGAUUCCACUUCUAGUUAUAAAAAUACUGACAUGUAUAGGAAGGAACGUGUACAAAUUUAUUUAUUGUUUCUACGGUAUUAGUUCGUAUAGCCUAGUGUUGAGGUGGCAUUCUUAGAUUCACACACACACACACACACACCCAACACACACACACACACCCAACACACACACACCCACCCAACACACAACACACACACACACCCAACACACACACACACACAUUAAUGUUUGUCGAUUUGUUUUAUGGGACAAACUUUCGUUACUUUCCCAGAAGAUUUGAUUUUAUAACUGUGGGUUGAAAGUUGUCUUGUACUGUAUAUGUAAAGCUGUCUUGUCCUCACCACCUCGCCUCCUGCAGUUGGGCAUUUAUCAAUAAAUUUUAGAUCAUGAA